GAGAGAGAGAGAGAGAACCUGCUGCGGGUUCCACACCCCGCGCGCGGGUGUGCGCGCGCGCUCUGAGCCUGGUGCUGGGGGAAGGCGACGCGGGACGGGAGCGCGUGCUCAGAGUCUGCUGCUUCCACCCCCCCCAUUUACUAAUUAAGAGAGAGUUUACAAUCAGAGAGCUUCAGUGCGGCCAGCAGGGGGCGUAGUGGAUCGAGCUGCCACCCUGCACCUGAAGGACUGGGGUUCGAAUCCCACUUCCAGAACACCCUGCCUGCUGUAUAAAUGUAAAUAACUGUGGGCAGAUUAGUAAAUUAGUGUCAAAUAAAGUGUCAGCUAAAGAAAUAAUAAACAAAUGAUAGAAAAAAACGUAGUGAAAUACUGCAGUCCCAGAUACCAUGUUUAAACCGAUGAUACCACUGAUGACACUUUAGCUUCCAGGUAAAACAAUACAUUAGAAAACAUACAGAAACCGUACAAGUCACCGAUUGAAGGUAAAAGCUACAAACCGCUGAACCAUCCACUAUUAUGCUGAUAAGAUCACAAGAUGGUAAAAACAGUGUCAAACCAGUUCACAAACCUGUCACGCAUGAAAAAUUGAGCAAACUCCUCUGCGGACACAUGUGUAACAUGUCCACAUUCCUACACAGUUUGAUAUUUUGAAAACUUGUACUCAUAUUAAGGACUUGUGGUCCUGCAAGACUGGGGUUUGGUCAUGGUUUAGUCUAAACGUUUGGGGUUUGGUCGUCUCAGGGUUAAGAGUUAUGAUCCCGGGAUUGGCGGUCUGGUUACGGGUUAGUAGGCUAAGGGUUAAAGGUUGAUCGUCUAAAGGUUAGUGGUUGAUGGGAUUGGUUGAGGGGUGCUUGCUGCGACCCCACUCGGGACAAGUGGUUUCAGACAGUGUGUGGGGGUUGGGUUGAUGGGAUUGGUGAAGGGUUGGUCGUCUAAGGGUUAACGGUUGAUGGGAUUGGUGAAGGGUUGGUCAGCUAAGGGCUGAUGGGAUUGGUGAAGGGUUGGUCAGCUAAGGGCUGAUGGGAUUGGUGAAGGGUUGGUCAGCUAAGGGCUGAUGGGAUUGGUGAAGGGUUGGUCAGCUAAGGGUUGAUGGGAUUGGUGAAGGGUUGGUUGUCUAAGGGCUGAUGGGAUUGGUGAAGGGUUGGUCAGCUAAGGGUUGCAGGACCCAAGGGGACGCGGAUUGGACGAUCAGUACACACAGGGACAGUGUUUUGUUUCACAUCCAGGUGGGGGUGGUGUUAACCGUUACCUGAUAUGGUUACCUGGUCUCCCUCUCACUGUGUGUCUCAACACUGCUUUCCUGCUCUCCAUCUGCUCAUUGGUGACGGGGAGGGGGGACGACUGGAGACGGGGGCGGAGUUUCAAGCAGCGGGUGGCUGCGGAGUCCGUGCCUUACUGCACCUCCUGGAACCAUGGGGCCUCACCUGUGCGCCAGGUGUGCGGUAAUGUCACUUGAUCCUGCGCGGGACCCUGUGAGUGGCAGGUGCAGAAGGUUGAGUUUUCGUACCCCCCCCUCGUCCCGGAGGAGGGCCACGACAGCAGCUCUCUCCCGGAGGAGUGGAAGUACCUGCCCUUCCUCGCUCUCCCUGAUGGAGCUCAUAACUACCAGGAAGAUAGUGUCUAUUUCCACCUGCCUCCUCUCACUGGGGACAUGAAGUGUGUGUACGGGGUGUCCUGCUACCGCCAGAUCGAGGCCAAGGCGCUGAGGGUGCGGCAGGCCGACGUCACCAGGGAGACGGUCCAGAAGAGUGUGUGUGUCCUGAGCCGGGUGCCGCUGUACGGCCUUCUGCAGGCGAAGCUGCAACUCAUCACACACGCCUACUUCGAGGAGAAGGACUUCUCGCAGAUUUCCAUCUUGAAGGAGCUGUAUGAUCACAUGAACGGCUCCCUGAGAGGGACGACUCCAGAGGGAUCCCAGGUCUACCUGGGUCUCUCUCCAAGGGAUUUGAUUCUUCACUUCCGGCACAAGGUCCUCGUUCUCUUCAAGCUGGUCCUGCUCGAACGUAAGGUUCUCUUCUACGUGUCUCCCGUCAACAGACUGGUGGGAACUCUAAUGACGGUUUUAUCACUUUUUCCAGGGAUGAUGGAGCACGGCCUGGCCGACUCCUCGCACUACAGGCCGAGGAGCAGCGUGUCCGAAGAGUCCGGCCAGGCGGAGGCGACGCCGGGCUCCGAGGAGUUCGUCUCCGUGUCCGUCACGGACAUCGACGGCUCCGCGGGAGGGUGUGCCGCCCGACCCGAAAGGCCCGCGGUUGCGGCGGACGGACACCUUCUGAAGCCCCCGUCGCGGGGUUCGCCGGAGUCCUCGGAGAGCGACUGGGAGACGCUGGACCCCAGCGUGCUGGAGGAGGGCGCCCCCAAGAGCAUGGAGGCGCUAGACAGCGAGGCGGGAGCAGCCAUCACGGAACAGCCGCAGUCUGCCAGCGGCCAGGCCGUCCUCACCCAAGGACUGGUGUCGGGCCUGGAAGAGGACCAAUACGGCAUGCCCCUCGCUAUCUUCACCAAGGGUUAUCUCUGCCUGCCUUACAUGGCUUUGCAACAGCACCACCUUCUGUCCGACGUGACGGUGCGCGGGUUCGUUGCCGGAGCGACAAACAUCCUCUUCCGCCAGCAGAGGCACCUGAGCGACGCCGUGGUGGACGUGGAGGAAGGCCGCAUCCAGAUCCAGGACCCUGAACUGCGCAGGUUGAUGAGCCUGACGACGGCCGACUUGCGCUUUGCCGAUUACCUGGUGAAGCACGUGACCGAGAACCGCGAGGAUGUGUUCCUGGACGGCACCGGCUGGGAGGGGGGCGACGAGUGGAUCCGCGCCCAGUUUGGCCUCUACGUCCAUUCCCUGCUCGCCACCUCCUUGCAGCAAGAUAACGAAAAGCUGCUGGCGGACUACGGCAGCUCCUUCGUUUCUGCCUGGAAGAACACGCACAACUACAGGGUGUGGCACAGCAACAGGCACCCGGCCAUGUCCGAGGUCACCCCGGGCCAUCCGUUCCAAGGGCAGUACAGCGUCGCCGAUGUCAAGCUGAAGUUCUCGCACUCCGUGCAGAACAGCGAGCGAGGGAAGAAGAUCGGCAAUGCCGUGAUGACCACGAGCCGGAAUGUGGUGCAGACCGGCAAGGCAGUGGGCCAGUCGGUGGGCGGGGCUCUCACCAGCGCCAGGUCGGCCAUGUCCUCCUGGUUCUCCACAUUGGCCCAGCCUGCAGGCGUCACUGGUGUGGCCAGUGGGCAACCGUCAGCGAAACCUUGACCGCACCUGUCCCUCAUCACUCGCUUCUCAUCCCUCCCCUCCUCCAUCUCUUCUUCCUGGUACACGGCAGUCCCCCCCACCCCACCCUGCGGUGAGGAAAAGCAGCAGGAGAAAUACUGUAAUGACAUCACUUCCUGUGAACACCAACAGUAUGUAAAGGCUUAUGAUGAAACGGGUGCCCAACCUCACCAUCCUCUGCCCCCCCCCCCCCCCCUUAUUCCCAUGUCCUGGAUCCUUAAGGGUGGGGGCAUAACCGUGAAAAAGGGGAGGUUGUGUGUGUCACAGCUUGUAUGAGUUUAGCAUGAGCGUUUGGCACCUGUCAGUGUGUGUUGACCAGGAUGUCCCCCCUCGUGAAGUCACGGUGCAGUAUUUAGGACAGAGGGACAAAUGCAGAGUGCGUGCUGCUGGAAUGCCGCAGGGGAAGUUAGGAGAAGCGCUAAUGGUGCCCUAAGCCCCCCCCCCCCACCUCCGCAACCAACACCAGACCACGAGCGUUGUCACAGGACAGUCCUCUUGGAUGCUGCACACGUUCAGGCAUCCUUUAGGUGAACCGCUCUGCAUAUUUGGAAACGGUCAGGUAGACUUCCAAGAGCGGCAGAGAUUGCAUCUGACAAGACCGUGCAACUCGCAGGUUUCGCCCACGUCGUGGGGACGGGGUGGAUUUUUCUAGAAACGCGACCGCGCGGUCAGUGACGGCACCGAGUCGGUCCCUUCCAAAGCCGUCCACUGGCCACACCCCACGCCCACAAGUGUCUGGUUUAGGCUCUUUAGCGUGCCCUGCGGCGGACACCCGCUGAUGCGUUUGUUUCGUUAUGUUGUGGUGCUGUGGAUUCGUUUACUCUUUACCCUGUUCUGCAGACGCGUGCAGUGAAACGCUGUGCUGAGCUGACAUCACUCCAGCUUUGUCAUUUUUACUAUUUCUAGGAUUUAGGGGGGAAAAAAAACUACAUGUCUAAAAAUAUCUUAAGUGAAGCUGCUGUGGCCAGAAUGCAGAAUGUUUUAAUUUAUUUGUAUAUUAUCCUGUAUCUGAAGGUGUAAUGGAACAUUUAUUUUUUUAAUUUCUACACUGGGGAUAGAAAAUAUUGUGACACCACACAAAGUGUUUGCACAAAAGUAUCAUUACAUAUCUGUAUAUUUGUUACAUGCAGAUGGCUUAAUGAUCAUUCUACUUGUUGUAUAUCUCUUGUCUAAAGUAUGUGAAGCCUUGCUCUGGGGGAAGACUUCAGGUAGCAAAGACUACUUUGCUCAGGCAGUUGCUGAGUUUUGUACUGCUUGCAGUCUCCCCCUCCCACUUUAUUAUUGAUUGUAUGUUUAAUUUUCUUUGACCUCUAGGGCUACUUCAUUAUCUACAAAUACUGUCCUCAGACAUUUUUAAAAAUCGUUUUACAAAUGCUACAUGUGCAGAUAUUUAAUGUCAUGUGUUUCAAUGUGAAGCGUAUGGAAUUUAAGCAAAACCUGUAUUUACUGACAGAGGCUUUUAAAAGAAUGGUACAUUUUGUUCCUGUAUUAAAAGAAACUUUGCUGAAAGAUGGUUGUUACUGCGGCUGCUUUGUGUGGGGUGUCUAGCUCUCGAACAGUUUUUGUUUCCAUUAAUUGUGAAGGAGGGGGGGAAAAAAUGACGACAAAGCAGCGGCGGGCCUCGCUCUCUCGUCUCCCAGCCCAACGACGAAAUGUAGGUCAGCCGGACAAAAGCGGGAGCGGCCCGUGGCACGGCGUUUUGAAAUGGACGAACCCAGUGGCCUCCGCACUGACUUCCAGAUUAGAGGAACGCUGAGUCUGUGCUGCAGCAACAGCAAGAAACAACCGUGAAAACAUGUAGAUUAAUGAAAAUAGUAGUUUACUCUUAAAAGCGUAGGCAGACUUGAUGGAAAGUGGCACUUGGGCACAAAGGUCUGCGUGUUUAAUUACAAAAUAUUUCACGCCGAACGUGUCACUUUACGUUAGCCAUUAUGAGCUUGCAUAUUACCACCUGUGCAAGUGUUCUGACCCGGUGCCACAUCUAAUAGUGUGAAAACAGGCACUUCGGUGCAGUGACUGCAGCAUUUGAAUCCCAAAAGCACAAUCGGGACUCAGGUGCGAAUGGUGUACUUUGGUGACUAAAGUACAAAGUGUAAUUCUCUUACCACCCACCUGUUCACCUAUAAUAUUGGAAAGAGCUUCGAAAACAGGCCGCAGAGGGUAAGUUUUGGUAGGACAGAAAGAGAGCUAUGUGCGCUGUGCAACAGCUAAACACUGUGCUUCACAAAACUUAAAAAAAAAAAGGCACAAACAUUUUUCUUCACUUUCUUUUUUGAAUAAAUUAAUGUCAUUCAAAAUACAGUGCCAAAGGAACAUGAUGCAGCCGAACAUGCUUAGUAACAUUUGUCAUGAAGCACCUGUGCUCAUGUGACGGUUAGAGGGAAACCCCCACCCCCCCACUCGAACUCUUCCACUGCUAGUGGUUGACGGGAUGAUCUCUGGAACCCUACCCAGGGUUAUGUCCCCUCAGCCCACCCCCCCCCCGCCCAACCCACAACACCACCAUUUAACAGUUCACUCACAAGGAGGAAUAAAAAAUAAUGGAUAUCUACACAAUCACACUACAGUAAUGAUCCAUAUUAAAUAAAAACUAAUACAAAAUAGACCUGGUUAUUUUCCCUCCAUUCCCGCACUAACAUUUGUUUCAACAUAUGAAAAAUAGAUAUUCUCCGUAUCAGCAGCAUUGUUAAUCGUAUGCAUGAGCCAAGUUUACUGUAGUACAGAUAGUGGAGGCGUGAGUGAGGUGACCCGCCAUAUAUCCAUCGGUGAGCGACCCACCCCCACAAAGGGAGGAAAAAAAAGAAAAAAAAAAAAA